AGCAAUUCAUCACUCGUAAUACAUGCAUUAACUCUUUGUACCCACACCUCAAUUACAUAAAACAACGGUAUGGCAACACAAUCCAAUCACAAUAAAAAACGUGCGUACGUAGCAAAUUACAAAGUAUCAACAGACAUCUUCCAAACAAACGUACAACCGACGUGUCAUUAAAAAAAUUCCGAAUGACUGAAAAAUCAAUGAACAAAAAAAAAUACGCAUUGACAAAAAUGCAUCCUAAACAGAGACUGCUGGAUUUUCUGAAAGCUGAAAAAUUAUUGACCACCAGGUUCCAUUUUUAUUUCAUUAUGACAAGUGCGAAAACGAGGGAUUCAGUUGAAAAAAUUGACGUUAACCUCACGAUCGAUAUAUCGUUAAUUAAUUCAUGAAGUGAUGAGUUGCUUAAACAGCUGUGGGUGGGGGGUGAGAGAGGGUUAUGAUGAAAAAUAGAAACCGGUCUUGGUGUUUCCGGUGUAAUGACUGGUGCACAACAGUCAAAUCCCAGUAGCACAUACAAUUCACACAAGGAAACAACGAUCACGUGUCUGUGAAUCGAGUUAACUAAAAAGCCACAACCGUCAGUUGAACAAUAACGCAUCACAGAGUCGUAUGAGGCAUUGAGGGGUUGCAGCAGAUAAACGUCAGACAUUUGAUUAUCCAUUGACACUAUUGCCUAUUACCUAUCGAUAUUCAUGAAUGAACUUCGAUAUUUCAGUCGACUAUUUCCUCAUAUGCUCGUUGUUAUCUUCGUGUGGUUUUAAUAAUUGGAAUAAUAAUUAUUCCGAUUGAAUUAUGGAUGGAAAGGACGCUACGGAGAAGAGAAGAAAUCCGAGGGAGAAGGCCAAUCCAUUGAGUGCUCUUACGUUUGCGUGGAUAUUAAAAACAUUUUACGUGGGUUACAAGCGGGACCUUGAGAUCGAUGAUCUCACGGAGCCAUUGAAAGAGCACAAAAGUAGUUACUUGGGUGAUAAAAUAUCCGCAGCAUGGGAGACAGAAUUAAAUCGUUUCAAUCAACAACAGGAGAAAGCAAAACAAAAAGGAAAAAAAUCAAAUGACAAGAAGAAAACACCGAGUUUAAAUCGGGUCUUGAUUAAAGUGUUUGGAUUGAAAGUUGCGCUCUAUGGUGUUGCCUUGGCGAUUAUGGAAAUAGUCCUGAGGGUUCUCCAGCCACUCGCCCUGGGUAGACUCCUGAGGUACUACUCAACGGACAACGUGACAAAAACAGAAGCUUAUCUCUACGCGAGUGGAGUAAUUCUCUGUUCAGCAGUGAAUAUAUUCGUGGUGCAUCCGUACAUGAUGGCAAUUCUCCACAUGGGUAUGAAGAUGCGAGUGGCGUGCUGCUCCCUGAUCUACAGAAAAGCUCUGAAGCUCUCGAGAACAGCCUUGGGAGAGACAACGGUUGGUCAAGCGGUGAAUCUUCUGUCAAACGACGUCAACAGGUUCGACGUGGCAAUAAUCUUCUUGCACUAUCUCUGGAUUGGACCCCUGGAGACCGCCAUAAUCACGUACUUCAUGUACCAAGAGGUCAACAUCUCAGCGGUAAUUGGUGUUGCGUCUUUACUCAUGUUCAUUCCCCUUCAGGGAUGGUUGGGAAAGAAAUCCUCAGUCCUCCGUUUGCGCACAGCCAUCAGAACAGACGAGCGUGUUCGUCUGACGAAUGAAAUCAUCUCUGGAAUCCAAGCCAUUAAAAUGUACACCUGGGAGCAUCCAUUCAGUGCCUUAAUCGAAAAUGCCAGAAAACGAGAGAUCAAAGUCAUUCGAGCAACUUCAUAUAUCAGAGGAGUCGUCAUGUCCUUCAUCAUCUUCACUACGAGAUCGUCACUCUUCUUGACGAUCUUAUCGUACAUUCUUCUCAGUCCUGACAAUCAGAUCAACGCCGAGAAAAUCUUCAUGAUCACUGCUUACUACAAUAUAUUGAGACAAACUAUGACUGUGUUCUUUCCACAGGGAAUAACACAGAUGGCUGAGGCUGCUGUAUCCAUAAGACGUCUCCAGGAGUUCCUCAUGUAUGAUGAAGUCUCUACUUAUAAGACUGAACAGGAUAAAGAUAUUUUUGAAAAUUAUACACCAUCGAAACAAGCGAAUGGUACCGUCGACACUAAAAUUGAUGACGAGAAGAUGGGAUCGAUCGUUCUGCAAAAUGUGAGUGCAAGGUGGGCAGGGAGUGAACAUGACGACACAUUAGAAGAUAUAAAUAUCGAUAUUCAGCCAGGUAGAUUGGUUGCUGUGGUUGGACAAGUGGGCGCUGGUAAAUCGUCUCUUCUGAAUGUUAUCCUGAAGGAAUUGAAUAUCAGUAAAGGAAGCAUAGAUGUUCAGGGGAGCAUGGCGUAUGCCAGCCAGGAGCCAUGGCUCUUUGCUGGAUCUGUCAGGACGAAUAUACUUUUUGGCAGGAAGAUGGAGCAGAAGCGGUACGAUCAAGUGGUCAAGGUUUGCCAAUUGAAGAGGGACUUUUCAUUACUCCCUUACGGUGAUAAAACGAUUGUGGGUGAGCGAGGAAUUAGUUUGUCCGGUGGUCAGAGAGCUAGAAUCAAUCUGGCUAGAGCAGUUUAUGCUAAUGCACCGAUUUAUCUGUUCGAUGAUCCUCUCAGUGCUGUCGAUGCUCAUGUGGGUAAACACAUGUUUGAAGAGUGCAUUGAAAAAUAUUUACGAGGAAAAACGAGAAUUCUGGUGACACAUCAAAUUCAAUUCCUCAGAAAUGUCGAGAAGAUAUACGUUAUGAGGGAUGGAAGGAUCGAGGCUGAAGGAACGUACGACGAAUUGGGUGUUCGUGGUAUUGAUUUUGGACGAUUGCUGGAGAAUCCUGCUCCUCAGACUGAGGAGAGUACAUCAGCGACAGCAAGCAGAAGUACAUCCAGACGUACCAGUGUUACUUCUACAUCAUCAGUACUGACGAAUGAUAAUUCAAGGACACAAGCUGAGCCUGAUGAGAUCGCUGAGAUGAGAACAAAGGGCAGUAUUGGAGGACACAUCUAUGCAUCUUAUUUCACAGCUGGUGGAAACUGGUUCAUUGCCAUGAUAAUAUUUAUUCUGUGUGCUGGGGCACAAUUGGCUGCCAGUGGUGGUGAUUAUUUCAUCGCUUUCUGGGUGAAUCUCGAGGAGGAAGAUCAGAAAUACAGAAGCUCGAAUGAGACUAUCUUGACUAAGAACGAAGCAGGAACAAAUUCAACUGAAUUCAGUGGUUAUGAGAGAAUUUUUCAAAGGGACACGUGCGUCUAUAUAUUCUCAGGACUGACUGUUGCGACGAUAACAAUAACUCUUGUUCGAUCAUUCGCCUUCUUCGAGUAUUGCAUGAAGGCCUCGCAGAAGCUGCACGAUAAAAUGUUCAGGAGCAUCAGUAGAGCCACUAUGAGAUUUUUUAAUACGAAUACCUCCGGCAGAGUUUUGAAUCGUUUCUCCAAGGACAUGGGGGCAAUUGAUGAAUUAUUACCAAUGGCGUUAAUCGAUUGUGUACAGAUUGGACUGGCUCUUCUGGGAAUUGUUGUGGUUGUUGGAGUGGCUAAUCCUUGGCUCAUGAUUCCCACUGCGAUUAUUGGAGUUAUUUUCUAUUUUUUGAGGGUGAUCUAUUUAGGGACCAGUAGAAGUGUUAAAAGACUCGAGGGAAUCACUAGGUCUCCGGUGUUCAGUCAUCUCAAUGCAACUCUUCAGGGACUGGCAACCAUCAGAGCAUUUGAAGCUGAAACUGUUCUCACGAAAGAGUUUGAUCAUCAUCAGGAUCUCCAUUCCUCUGCAUGGUACAUGUUCAUCGCCUCCUCCAGGGCUUUUGGAUUCUGGCUGGAUAUAUUCUGUCUCAUUUAUAUUGCACUGGUGACCUUGAGCUUUUUGGUACUGCCUGAUAGCGCUGAUAACACUGAGGGGGGAAAUGUGGGGCUGGCAAUCACCCAGAGCAUUGGAUUAACUGGAAUGUUUCAGUGGGGAAUGAGGCAGAGUGCUGAAUUGGAAAAUCAAAUGACUUCCGUUGAGAGAGUGCUGGAGUACACGAAUUUAGAGAGUGAACCUGCGUUGGAGAGCAUUCCUGAUAAAAAACCGGAUGAGAAUUGGCCACAGGAGGGAAAGAUUCACUUUAGAAAUGUUUAUCUUUCUUAUGCACCUGGAGAGCCACCAGUACUUAAAAAUCUCAAUUUUGAAAUCAAGAAGAAGGAGAAAGUGGGAAUUGUGGGGAGAACUGGCGCUGGAAAGUCAUCCCUCAUUUCUGCAUUAUUCAGGCUGGCGGAUAUCGAGGGAGGAAUUAUUAUUGAUGGAGUGGAGACAUCGGAAAUUGGCCUUCACGAUCUUAGAUCGAAGAUCAGUAUAAUUCCUCAGGAGCCCUUCUUGUUCUCAGGUACUUUGAGGAGAAAUCUUGAUCCUUUUGAUAUGUAUUCUGAUAAUUUACUCUGGGCUGCCCUUGAGGAUGUCGAAUUGAAGGAGAUGGGACUGACAGCUCAUAUCAACGAAGGUGGAAGCAAUCUGAGUGUUGGACAGAGACAGCUGGUCUGUCUCGCUCGUGCUAUUGUGAAGAAUAAUCGAAUUUUGGUGCUUGAUGAGGCAACGGCUAAUGUAGAUCCUCGGACUGAUGAGUUGAUUCAGAAGACUAUUAGGAGUAAAUUUGCCGAGUGCACUGUACUCACCAUUGCUCACCGGCUCAACACUGUGAUGGAUAGCGAUAGAAUUUUGUUGAUGGAUGCUGGACAAGUUAUGGAAUUUGAUCAUCCUCAUAUUCUUCUACAAAAUGAAACUGGUUAUUUAUCGAGUAUGGUUAAAGAAACUGGAAAAAUGAUGGAGGAUAUUUUGACAGGCAUUGCCAAACAGAAUUAUGAGAAUCGCCAACCAGCCACAUCGCUGUAAUUUCCGAGGGAAAGACGUAUUUUUCAAAAUCAUAGCUGAUUAUGUUAUUUCUGUUGCCUCUGAGCGUGAGUGCCUUAGAAAGCGCCUUAACAUUAAUAGCGAUCGAUUAUUUGCAGACAUUGAUUAUCGUUAUCAAGGUAAACGUGCCGUUUUAUCGAUUGGGGAUAGCCGAUAUUCUCUCUGCGGUCUUUAUCGUCAAUUGUCGAGUGAUAUUAACGCACAUUGUCAAAACAACAGACGACCCGGACAGAUAACGCAACCUGAGAAUGAGGUAAUCACGGAAAGCAAAAAAAAAAACAUGCAGUAUUAUUUUAUUUAAUCUUUCGAAAUGUGAAUGGAGCUGAUGUCGGUCAAUCAUUUUUUCGUUUCUCAAAUUUUGAGGAUGGAGGAUAAGAGAGCAAGUCGAACGUUCGAGAUUAUUCUUCAAAGUAUUUUUAUUGUUAUCAUUCCAAAUAAUUUGUCGAAUUCUGUAGCGAAAUCGCUGCAAGAGAUAAAAAAAGAUUGAAUUUUUUCAUCUAAUGUUAAUGUAAUAUUUUAAUUUUUAUGUAUUGUAAUUGUUCCAAUGUAAUUGGUUUCAUUAUUUGAAUCGUACUUUGUUGUCACUCUCCAUCUGCAAGAAUUUGAGAUGUUCACUCAAAAAAGUACUUAAAAACAAAAAAUCAAUUAGUUUGGCUGGAACUCCUCCUUUGAGUGCUUUAGACACUUGGAGACAAGUCUUACUAGACAAAAGCCUUCCAACUUUAUCUACUUAAUCAACUGUCAAUGUUACUCACUUAAUUUUCAAAACGUCUCCGACGAGUCGGAAGAACCGGAAGACGUUGGGGCAAUAUUCAUGGAGAUCACGUAUUAAACAUUUUGUUCAGUUAUUUUCUAUAGGAAUUCUGCCUGCUGAGGGGUCAAUAAAACGCUAGAUUAUUCCUGAAGAAAGUUUUACCAGAACAAUGAAGAAUAAAUCGUAAAGCUCCAGUGCUACCCCUUUUUUUCAUGUUUGUUCAUUUAAUGAAACAAUUUCCGCUGGAUUUGUAAUUUUCCAUGGACCUCUUGUUCAAGUUCUUCACACGACUAGAGUAAUUAUCGAGAAAUUGUUGAUGCAUGAGUUUAUUACGGAGAAUCAAAGGAAAUGAAAAUUGUAACAGUCGAACCCAUCGUUACUUACAUAACGUGUACAUAAAAAUUUUUUCGAUACAUCAUGUAAAGUAUUUUAUAGAGAUUUUAUUGAAAAGCAAUACUGCAUAAGUGGAGGUCUAUUUUUCUAUGCUUAAUUUUUACUCCAGUCUGUCAUUUUAAAUGAGUAAAUUGAUGUCCAUUGCGCUGCCAUUUCUAUUGUCAAUAUUGAGAGUUAAUUAACGUAUUGGUGCUAUUUUGUAAUGAAAAUAAUGUCACGACCAGUGGCCGACGAAAUGGGAAAGCACAUUGGGAUACUUCGUACAACUUUCUGUGAUCCUGUUAUACAACGCCCAUUCGCUUCAUAAUAAUCGCCAAAGUUGCAUAGUGUGCUACCAUGUUUAUGUCAAUAUAUUGUAAUAUUAAUUUAUGAUUAGGAAUCACUGUAAUAAUUAUGAUUGCAUGUUUUGCAAGAAGUGAAGUGUAAAAAUGUAAUUUUUUUAUGAGAAAUAUUGAUUGUUCAUUGUAGGAGUAUUAAAUAAAUAACUUCAAUUGAUUGAUUUGCAUUUA